CAGCAUUUUUCAUUUCUGCCAAGCCAUUGAAUCCAAUGACGUCUAUGCGCUUUCCUAUAUGAGCCAGUGCGUAUCCGAGCUGGUUCUCUCACAAUGCGAAGGUGCUGGUCUGACAUGCCGACGGUUGUUUACGAGUCGCCGUUCGAGCGAUUUUUCCCUGCCGAGGAGCCGGGAAACUGGGUUCCGCACCAUGUGAAAUACGCCAAACGUGCUGUGCGAGUAGUGAAGCACGGAAUCCAACGACUGGUGAAACACGAGGGAGAUCAGUUUGAUCUGAAAAGCGGUGGCGGGUCAGGGGACAUGUCUGACAUUGCUGAAGCUUCCCGAGGUCAAGACAGAAAGGUUCCUGGAAUAGUGGAACUAAAAGGUGCAGUCUGCAAAACUGACGGUGAAAAACAGCACGUAUCUUCAGCAGUGAUUCGCAGUGAAAAAUUUCCGGGCAGCAAAGUGGCGUCGAAAUCGAAGAGGAAGUUGGUCCGACAGACUGGGUCGGAUUCAACUGAUUCUGAAAGCACGAAAUCAGAAAAUUACGUGAUUACUGAACCAGUGAAAUGCUCGGAGACACAGAGUCACUCCGAUAGAGUACUCAUCGACGUCAUCCUUCCGGUCAACGUGGACCAAGCUUUCACAUUCCUUUUCACGUCAUCGGAGUUCUACCUGGACUUCCUCGCAUCGAAGAAAACUCAUGACAUAGUUUUAGGAACUUGGGAAUCGGGAGCGAGCAAAGGGGAAAGAGAGCGCACUGCAAAUUUCAAGGUCCCGGUUGUCACCCCGAUGGGACCGCGAAUUUCGAAAGUUUCGCAGAAGCAGACAAUGAUCUCUUGCAGUAAACCAGGGCAUUUAUACAGCAUCAACGUUGAGGUGGUGAAUGGUGAUAUUCCGUACGGAGAUUCGUUCUAUAUAAUGCUGCACUUCUGCAUCGCAAAAGUCAGCUACAACGAAUGUCGUUGGCUGGUUACAGGCCAGAUCAAGUACCGGAAGUCUGUGUGGGCCGUCAUUCGAGGGUUCAUUGAGAAAAACUCAUGGGCGGGGAUGCAUGAAUACUACGAAGAACUGAAGAACGCUAUGAUGCAGGCUUGCAUUGAAACGAGGCCUGGAAUCGCUCGAGGUCGGGGCAGUACCAGGUCACGAUUGGUAUUGGCGAAGAAAAGUUCAGCUUCGGAAGGGAAUAAAAUGGAAGACGAGUCUUCCAGUUUUCUUCGGAAAGGUUCUUUCGUUACUGGCCUUGGACCUGGCUUGCCUGAUCGAAGCUUGGAAGUAGUGCCAAAUGCAGAUGUUUCAACUUUAGUGGCUCGUUCUCCGGAUCUGGGUUCCACUGGAAUUCCAUCGGCGGGAUUUUUGAGCAUAAUUUUGACUGUUCUCGUUUGCUUGAUAUUUUGCAACUUUUUCCUGUUCACGCGUUUGUGGGCACUGGAAAAUACUUUGAAGGAGGAAAGCACAAACGGAGGUUUCUCAGGAUUCCCGGUUUCGAAUAUCGGAUUAAGUGAACUUCCCGAAAAAGCCGAAGAGAUGUUGAGGCUUCUCGAUAAUCGAGAGAAGUUGCAUCUGGACGAAGUGGAUGAAUGGCGCCUCGUGAUAUCCAAUUCAUCAUCUCUUUUGCAGAAGGUGGAAGGAAUAUUGACGGAGCUACAGGAGCGGUUGAUCGACCACCCGAGUAAGGUCGCGCUCGGAAGUACGGAUCGUAUCCCUUAGCAAAUUAUAGACCACAUGGAGCAGGGUAAUCAACGUCGACGUUCAAAUGUUGGAGAGCGAGUCAGAAAAACUUGCAUCCACUAGACCCCGAAUGCCCCUUAGAGAAUUAAGACGGGGAAACGUGGAACGUACACCGCAAAGCAUUAUCGGUUGGCCUUAUUUGUUCGCUUUUAUUGGUUUUUGACGUGUCACUCCGAGGCAAGUCAUUGGGUUCUUUAUUUUGUGACUGAUGAUUGUGAAAGAAAAGCAAAUUUUGUGAUACCAGAAA